AUGUGGUACCUGCUGUUCUUUUUCAUUGCAUUGGUUGGUUUCCUCGAUGCCAUAGAAUUAACGUUUGAGCUUCCUGACAAUGAAAACCAGUGCUUUCAUGAAGAUAUUCAAAAAGGCACCGAAUCAACGGUGGAGUAUCAAGUCGUUACUGGCGGCCAAAAUGAUGUAGACAUGCAGCUGCACUCUCCAUCCGGUGUGAACCUUUACAAGGGUAUACGAAAGCAGUACGAUUCUUUCACGUGGACUGCUGAUGUUACCGGAGGAUACAAGGUUUGUUUCUCCAACGAGUUCUCGACUUUCACUCACAAGGUUGUUUACAUGGACUGGACUGUUGGUAAAGAAAAACAGGUGGUACCUAGACCUGAAGACCUCAGAGCAAUGACAUUGCUAGAGAGUACUACAAACGAAAUCCACGAGAAGUUAAAGCAGAUAGACGACUAUCAAACACAUCAUCGUCUCCGAGAAGCCACUGGAAGAAGGCGUGCUGAAGACCUGAAUGAAAGAGUGCUCUGGUGGUCGAUCGGGCAAAGCGUAGUACUGCUGAUUAUCGGAAUUGGUCAGGUAAAGUUGAUGAGUAUCAUUUCAUUAUGUAACAAAACGCGAAUAAGAUAG